UACUUUACUCUGAAAGGGUGAACGGAAGUAAAACGUGUUUCCCUUGGGCUACACUGGACGGACCGGAUUGCUGUUUUUUUGCAAAGGAAUGUCGCUAUAACGUUACUGCGGGGAUGAUGGAUGUCUGACAAGAACCUCACGGAGGGGUAAAAGGAACAAGAUGUCGGUGAAAGAGUACUUGCUGUUCAAAAAAUUACUUGUGUGAUUGCAGUACUUGUGUGAUGGAUCAUUGCCCUGCACAAAGAUCAUGGCUGUCCUGAAUGCAGCAGACUCCUCCUUCAUUUUCCACUACUUGAUGAAUGAACCACACUAAAGGCGACACUGUAACGCCGCGAUGACCACUUCUGUCUCCAGCCAUCUGGCAAAAACACCACAAAUUUAAUCGAGCAGCUCAAAGCCUGCGCGCCCGCUGCCCUCAAGCCGCACCGGUUGCACCUUUCAGUUUGCCGUCGCACAAGUUGACUCCUAGUCCACGUUGGCAAGGUGCCGUCAACAUGUUUUCGGCGUUGAAAAAGCUGGUGGGCUCAGAGCCGGGCCAGCUCCGGGACAAGAACAUCCCCGCCGGCCUGCAGUCCAUGAACCAAAGUUUGCAGAGACGCUUCGCUAAGGGGGUGCAAUAUAAUAUGAAAAUCGUCAUCCGGGGAGAUCGAAACACUGGAAAGAGCACUUUAUGGUAUCGACUGCAGGGCAAGAAGUUUGUGGAGGAGUACCUUCCUACCCAGGAGAUCCAAGCCACAAGCAUCCAUUGGAACUACAAAACUACAGAUGACGUGGUCAAGGUGGAGGUGUGGGACGUGGUGGACAAAGGCAAAGGCAAAAAGCGAGGUGACAAUCUGAAACUGGAGAAUGAGCCGCAGGAGUCGGACGAGGUGGCCCUUGAUGCGGAGUUCCUGGACGUGUACAAGAACUGCAACGGAGUGGUCAUGAUGUUUGACAUUACCAAGCAGUGGACAUUUAACUACAUCGUAAGAGAACUUCCCAAAGUACCUACUCACAUACCAGUGUGUGUGUUGGGGAACCACAGAGACAUGGGAGAGCACCGAGUCAUCCUGCCUGACGAUAUCAGAGACCUGAUCGCCGGACUGAACAGGCCAGUGGGCUCAUCGUACAUCCACUAUGCUGAGUCUUCCAUGAGGAACGGCUUUGGCCUGAAAUAUCUGCACAGGUUCUUCAACAUCCCCUUCCUGCAACUCCAGAGAGAAACCCUCCUGAGGCAGCUGGAGACCAACCAGUUGGACAUCGACGCCACCCUGGAAGAGCUGACUGUGCAACAGGAGACCGAAGAUCAAAACUAUGAGAUCUUCCUGGAGCACCUGGAGUGCCGCAGUAAGGGCUACGGCUCGCCGGGUCCUGCCAACGGUCAAAGUCCCUCCUCGGGCUCCCAGUCCCCCAUCGUCCCUCCCAGCGGGGCGUCCACAGGAAGCUCCAGUCCGAGCACACCUCAGCCCCCGGCGCCCUCACAGCCGCCCCCGCAGUCGCCUUCUGUGUCCGUCCCCUCGGCUUCGGCUCUGGCCGCCGCCAUCGGUCGCGCGGCCUCGCCGUCAGCUGAUGUGAAGUCAGCCGCUCAGUCACCGGAGCAUCUUCAGUCCGCCGCACCAGCACCAGCCACCCAGAAACGUGGCUUCAUGUCCCGCUGGUUUGGCUCGUCUCCUGCCCCCGAGGCUUCUGUUAGUGCAUCGGAGGACCCGCCUGCUCCAGUGUGUCCUGCUGUUGUGCAAAGUGUGGACGACUUUGUGCCAGAAGAGAGACUGGACAAGAAUUUCCUAGAGGACGGUUUGCCCUCAAAGACCAAGACGCCUCUGCCAGUCUCAGCCUUGGACAGCGACAGUGACGGUGAAGGCAGAGGGAACCCCAUGGUGUCUGCUUUCCAGGAUGAGCUUGAUCCUGACGACACAGAGUCCAGUCUUCCACAAGCUACAACGUUGCCACAUAGCAAAGACAUCUCUCUGUCCAGUGAGGACGAGGAGAAGGAGCGAGCACCAGCAGCAACAACUGUGAAAAAGGACCAGGAAUUUGACAGUGAACCUGAACUCAAAGCCCACAUCAGACAACCAAAAGGAUCUAAAGCUUCAGAGCCCAGAAAGCCGACUUCAGCGCCCAUCUUCCUCACUCUAACUCCAACAUCAGAGCAGCAGGACAAGAAGGUGGGAAUCUCACCCAUGGCUGAGGACUCUGACACAGACCCCGAGGUUCCAGUGGCCCAACAGAUGCUCUCUUUUGUAAUGGAUGAUCCUGAUUUUGAGUCGGAAGCAUUCAACACACCCAAAGUAGAAAAGACGACAUUCCCAGUCGGAGAUGGACUUCUAUCUGACCUCUCAGAUGAUGACAUGCAGCCGACCAAGGAGCCAGAACCUGCAAAGCCCGCAGUGAUCUCCUUCAAGCACAAGGAUGAUACGGACCUUUUUGGCCUCGGCAUUCAAGAAGAGCCCUCAGCGACCAAAGAGAGCAGCGAUGAGCAAGAAGAUAAAGAAAGCAAGCAUGUGUCCAAAGACAAGAAGAAGAAGAAGAAGAAGAGCAAAGAGGAGGACGAGAAGAUCAAGAAACACAAACACAAGAAGAAGGAAAAGGAGGACGCUGUAGAGGGCAAGGAGAAGAAGAAGAAGAAAGCGAGGACCAAGAAAACCGACGUGGACGAGCUGGAAGACUUUCUGGGUGGAGGAGCCAAAUCGUCCACAAGGGAUGACGGGGAUUAUGAAGAGCUCUAAAGUGAGGGAUGGAUGGCAUCUCCAAGGCCCACAUGAUGCUGUGCUCUUUGCUCUCACCUGUAAGGUAACUUCCAUUCCUCUGCUACCAAAUAACCAGUCCAACAUGGCGCAGCUUUCACCACAGACGGACGCUUCAUGUGGCCGCCUUGACGGGCCUGCACACGGACUGUGGGGGGUCCACCUUUUCAGACUUAAGGCAGAUCCUGCUGUCCGUAUAGGGUGGGUUCUGGACCCACCAGCCAGUUGUGGAAGUCGCCCAUGAAAAAGUCCACUCGCUACACCAAUUUCCUUUUAACACUCUUUUUGACACCUGUUAUGUGGUGCGUUUGAGGACCGCCAAACAAAGUGGGACAUCUCGACGCUAAGAGAAAUAAUAUCAGUGAAGCAUGAAAACAUGUUGAACUUGUAUGAAGUGUUUUUAAGUUAUUACUACUGACGCCUCAGUGAGUGUGUGGCACACUCACUACCUGCAUUGACACCGCACUGAUACUGUCUUUGCUGUUUCAUAAAGGUUCCCGAUUAAAACUCACACUGGACCUGCAAAUGACAUAAAUAAAAGGGACCAAUUGGGAAAUCUGGGCUCAUUUUGAUUUUAUAGCACCAAAUAAGGUAAAUGAUCUUGUUUUCCAGUUUACUUUUUCAGGCUUUCGUUUUCCUUUCUGCAUGGCUAUUUGCUUUAAAAUAACUAAAUAAUUACAUUUGCUACCUAGUAAUGUUUUUAAUCCAGCAGUGCAGUUUCAAUACAGCCAGUGAGUGUGCCACGUACUCACUGAGGCGUCAUUUAGCCAUCACCGUAUAUUGACACACAUUGGAUUGCUUUUAGCUUGUCUUUACUGUACAAACAAUGUGUUCAAGUGCAUUUUUAUGUCAGCCACCCUUGUCGCUAACACUUUUUAUAACCCCGCUUUAGGAGAUCCACGCUGUAACUAAGAUUAGCAUUUAUUUCUUACUUUAUUUUUAGGGGGUUAGCGUAACGAACUGUAAUGUGCUAUCACUCGUCGACAGUUACAUUUGUGUGUGUGCGUGUGUGUGUGUGUGCGUGCGUGUAUUCGUAUGCACGUGCGCACUUUAACCCACGUUAUUGGAUGCGAUCGCUCCUCCGCAUGCGUUACAGAAGACGGAUGAUAAAUUGUAAAUGUAGAGACUAUGGAGGUUUGUUUGUGUUUUUUAUUAUAUGACAGCUUCUUUUUUUUACGCUGAAUUUACCUGAAUUACUUGCGGUUGAAUUUUGUGAACAGAAUUUUUUUACCUAUAAUUAUGCUGACAAUUUCAUCGAAUAUGCAAGUAAAAUGGGUGUUUAAAAAUUCAGUUUGUUAAAAUUGUGUUUUAAAAUACAAUGUCAAAAUUCAAUGUAAAAGAAAUUCAGUGUAUAAACAUUUUGUAUACAUUUAUUUUUUUUUUUGGUAAAAACCAUUCCGUGUAAAAAAAAAUCAUUUGUGAAAAGAAUUCAGUGCAAAAAUGAUUUAGUGCAGGAAAAUUUUGUGUAAAAACCAUUAAGUGCAAAAAUUAUUUAGUGCAUGAAAAUUCAGUGCAAAAAAAAAAUCAGUGUAUAAGUUUUUUUGCUAAAAUAUUUAUUUUAAAAACAAUUCAGUUCACAAACAUUUUGUGU